AUGGAGAAUUCAGGAUAUUCUGGAGAUGAAAAUUCGAAUUCAUGUACAGAUAAUAGUAAUGAAAGUAAUAAUGAUGAAAAACCUGAUCUUGAUUUACUAAUUGAAAUAAAUGUCAAACUCCUGGAAGGCUCAAUUAUUAAAUUACCCAAUAAAAUAAAUAUUAAUAACACAACAGUAUUACAGCUUAAACAAAUGAUUAGUUCGACAUGUAAUAUACCUAUCAAUGAAAUACGAUUAGUAUGGAGAGAGAAAAUACUUUCUGACAACAUGGCUUUUCUUAAAAUAUACAAACUUGAAAAUGAUUGUACCAUAAUAGUAGCUAGAACCCCAAGAAGAGAUGUAUCUACUAAUCAUACUAGCUCUAUAAUAAAUCAAAAUAAUGGAUAUUCAAGUACUUCAACAACUUCCUCUUCAUCAAUACUUGGUAAUGCAAUUCCACAAUCUACACCAGAUGACUUCCUAACAUCAGCAAUGAACUCACCAUGGAUACAAAAUUUAUUAAGUGAUCCAGAAAUAUUCCGUAUGAUAUUAGAUUCUAAUCCACAAAUAAGUUUAUUAAGAGAACAAAAUCCAGAAUUAAAUCAUAUAUUUAAUGAUCCACAAUUUUUACAAAUGUCUAUAGAUGCACUCAGAAAUCCUGAACUUAUGAAAGAAGUUAUGAGAAAUUCAGAUCGUGCUAUGAGUAAUAUAGAAAGUAUACCAGGCGGAUUUAGUGCUUUAAAACGUAUGUAUCAAACAGUCCAAGAACCAAUGUGGGAUGCUGCACUUUCUGAUAUACAAGAUAAUAAGAAAUCUUACAAUAAACCAAUACAAUACAAUAUUGAUAAAUCUUUAGGACCAAAUGUUGAAGCAUUACCUAAUCCUUGGUGUAGAAAUCAGAAUAAUAACUUAAGAAAUUCUUUAUCUCAACUUACAUAUAAUAAUUUAUCAUCAUCCCAUAAUAUAUUUAAUAAUUUCAAUUUACCCUUUAUAAUGAAUAAUAAUAAUAAUGCAGAAACACAAAGUGAUCCCCUUGUUAAUCAUAAUCCUCAAAAUAAUCAAAAUCAAAUUUCAAAUACUACUAAUAAUAUUGACAUCUUUUCCUCUAUUAUGAGACAAAGAAAUGAUAAUAAUUUAUCACAACAAAUGCAAAAUAUAGUUGAUUCAAUGAGAAAUAUGGGAAUAACUAAUAAUACCCAAAUAUCAUCUAAUAUGCAAUCAAAUAUUGAUAUAUCUAAUCAUUCUAUCAAUAACUUAGAUCUAGAUAUUAAUAAUAAUCAACAAAAUCAAACUAAUAAUUAUUCUUAUCAAUUAGAAACACUAAGAAAUAUGGGAUUUACUGAUACUGAUGCUUGUUUAAAAGCAUUAACAGAAUCUGAUGGAAGUAUUAAUAGAGCUAUUGAUAAAUUAUUAAAUCCAACACAGGAUUAA